AUGGCCCGCGAUGCCAACAUGGGCGAAGGCUCCUCCAAGGGCGGCAAGAACUCUGCCUACGACCCCGACCAAAACCCAGAAGAGAAACGCGCCGUCCGCCGUGGCUACCGCGGCAUCAUCGUCGAACCUGGGGUAGCCAACCCGAACGAUAUCUCUCCAGAUGAGCUCGCCAAAAACCUAGAAGUCGCAGACAGCCUCUUUGAGAAAGUGAAGGGCACGUCAGAAGCGACGCUCGACUCCAUGUUCCUCCUCGGCGUGACAUCGCAGGCCGCAGCUAAGGCGCGCUCGAUGAAGGCCGGCGCGGGCGCGUUCGACGUCGACGACUUCGUUGCCCGUCUCGUCACUUUCAUGGGCGGCCGCAGGGGUGUGCACCUCCCAGAUGACUCAGAUACCGACGCUGACGAUUACGACGACGGCGCGCCCCUCGACUGGGAACGCAUCGGCCGCCGCGCGCUCGCCAAGAGCUGCCGUGCGCCCGCCAUGGACUUCAUGCUCGGUCCUUUGUCGAUUGAGCAGAAGAAGCGCGCGGCGAUCAAGCGGUCCAAGCUGGAGAAGAACAAAGCGGACAUGAAAAAGCCGCAGGAGAUUACGGAGGAUGACAUCACGCGCUCGGAGAACGAGACGACUAAGAACGUCGCAACUCUCGAGAAACUGCUGGAGCAGCUCGGCGGGCAGAUCAACCUGUUCCGGUUCAUUAUCAACCCGAACGACUUCGGGCAGUCCGUGGAGAACCUGUUCUACCUUUCCUUCCUGAUCCGCGAUGGCAAGUGCGCACUCGAGACGAAUGAGGACGGCGAGCCGGUCAUUUGGCUAUGCCAGCAGCCGUCCGAAGAGGACUACAAUGAGGGCCUCAAGAAGCGCCAGAUCGUCAUGGAGUUCGACAUGGCGACAUGGAGGCACGCGAAAGAGGUCUUCAGCAUCAAAGAACCCUUCAUCCCCCAGCGGCCAAAGUCCGAGAUGCGUCUCGGCGGCAAGUGGUACGGUUGA